ACAUCAGGCCGCCUUGAAACUACAGUAGCUAGUGUGCACCGUCCGUUGCCAUUUAUGGUGGGAGAGGUUAGCUAGCUAGGGAUUGACGUUCGCGGAGGUUCAUUGAAGUCAGCUACUCCAGUGAGGUGGCGGGGAGACAAAACACGUUUUGUGGGGAUUCUUUGGAGUAGCCUAGCUCCUUUGGCUCCCAACACAGCAUCCACACCUGCCCACAGACGUCAGUGUGUCCUGGGAACUGCUAGCCUUCCCUCACUAGAUGUAGUGGGGAGUUGUCGCUUCCAGCCUUGCGCACAACUUUUGUGCCGUCGAGUGAAGUAACCCCACCAUGCGUGAAUACAAGCUAGUGGUGUUAGGCUCAGGAGGUGUAGGCAAAUCUGCACUGACUGUCCAAUUUGUACAGGGUAUUUUUGUGGAAAAAUAUGACCCCACAAUAGAAGACUCCUACAGAAAGCAAGUUGAAGUGGAUGGGCAGCAGUGCAUGCUUGAAAUCCUUGACACAGCUGGAACAGAGCAGUUCACGGCGAUGAGGGACUUGUACAUGAAGAACGGUCAAGGCUUCGCUCUUGUAUACUCCAUCACGGCACAGUCCACGUUUAAUGAUCUACAGGACCUUCGGGAACAGAUCCUGAGAGUAAAGGACACUGAGGACGUCCCCAUGAUCCUGGUGGGCAACAAGUGUGACCUGGAGGAUGAGCGUGUGGUGGGCAAGGAGCAGGGUCAGAACCUGGCCAGACAGUGGAACAACUGUGCCUUUCUAGAGUCCUCAGCUAAAUCAAAGAUCAACGUUAAUGAGAUUUUCUAUGACCUGGUCAGACAGAUCAAUAGGAAAACACCGAUAGAAAAGAAGAAGGAAAAGAAGUCAAAUUGCACACUGCUCUGAAGCUCCCCCUUACAGCAGCUCUGAGCCAGGAAGCUGCAAUACAAUACUGGUGCCCAGUUGGAACGUUUCAGCAUUUCAAGCCCUUUCAACAACGAAUGGAGAUGUUUGACAAUAGCAGAAAAGUAAUUCUCUACUUCACCACUCUAAUAAUGGAGGAUUCUUCAUGGAUACUCUUUGCUUCGUAAUGGUUAAGAAAUGCAGACCUUUUUCUCUCUUUUUCAUUUUGUCAAUGGGACAGCCUUGUGAUGAAAAGUUUUCCCUUUCCCCUGUUUUAUAAAUUACAAUUUAAAACAAAAAAGACUACCAAGCAAUUUAUUGUGGAUUUGGACAAUUAGGUUGUUUGAUUUCCGUUCUUUGGCUCAUUUCAAAUGACAAAAUGUUUGCAAAAGAAAUCAUGGUAAUUAUUGGCCUUUUUCAUUACCUUACCCAUCUGCACUAAUUGUGUCAACAGUAAUGCAUCAACUUCCAUGUUUUCUUUCUCCUAUUACUUUUAAGAAGUUGUCAAAUAACAUAUUUACUAAGUGACUUUGUUUUAUAUGGGAAGCUGCAAGGCUUUCAUCUUUCCCAUAAUAUAUUCUAAUUCUUGUUUUGUUUUUUUGAAUAAUGAAGCUGUGGAAAAUGUGUGUUUAUAGAAUUUGGGAAAUGAGGAGACUUGAUUUCUGUCUUGAGGUUGAAAAUAUGUUGUACUAAACCAACUCUGUUGUGUCUUGUUACCUUGUCGCAAAUGAUUUUCCAGCUUUUAUCAAUGAUAAAACAAUUGUACAUUUUCAUUA